GUCUCUCAAACUCUUCUGGAGUGCCGUCCUUCUGGGGUUUGGUCAACUCGGCGUGGAACCUGUGCGCCAUCGGAAAGAGGCAGUCCCCCAUCGACGUGGAGACCAGUCACAUGAUCUUUGACCCCUACCUGACCCCGAUCAAGGUCAACACUGGAGGACGCAAGAUGGGAUGCACCAUGUACAACACGGGGAAGCACGUGUCCCUGCGCCCGGACAAGGCCCACCUGGUGAACAUCUCCGGAGGUCCUCUGGGAUACUCCUACAGGCUGGAGGAGCUCAGGGUUCACUUCGGCAGCGAGGACGACAGCGGCUCCGAGCACACGCUCAACGGACAGGGCUUCCCCGGAGAGGUGCAGCUGAUCCACUACAACCAGGACCUGUACGCCAACUACACGGAAGCAGCCAAGAGCCCCCACGGCAUCGCAGUCGUCUCCCUCUUUGUCAAGCUGUCGGAGAACUCCAACACGUUCCUGAAUCGCAUGCUCAACAGGGACACCAUCACCAGGAUCAACUACAAACAUGAUGCGUUCUUACUGAUGGGUCUGAACAUCGCGGAGCUGUACCCGGACACCACCCGCUACAUCACCUACGAGGGCUCCAUCACCGUCCCCCCCUGCUACGAGACGGCCACCUGGAUCCUCAUCAACAAGCCCAUCUACGUCACACAGAUGCAGAUGCACUCCCUGCGUCUGCUGAGCCAGAAUGAGCCGUACAAGAUCUUCUCCAGCAUGAGCGACAACACCCGGCCCACCCAGCCCCUGCUCCAGCGCUGCAUCCGCACCAACAUCAACUUCAGCAAGCAGGGACGGGACUGCCCCAACAACCGAGCCCUGCGCCCCCAGUACAGAGUGAACCAAUGGCUUCUCAAGUAAGGACUACAAACAUGUCUGCUCUGAGUGGCCUCCAGAAUAAAGACUACAAACAUGUCCGCCGCUG